AGUGAUAGCUACUAUAGAAAACCAAUUUUGCAUAAAUUAUAUUUAAAAACUUAAUAAAAAUAUUCAUAUUAUCACCAUGGCUAAUUUUGGAACUGGAACUGGAGGAUUCUCAUUUGCUGCUCCCACCACUUCUAGUUCUCUUAGCUUUGGAGCUCCUGCAGCCACCAGCUCCUCAGCUCUUGGAACUGCUGGCUUGUCUUUUGGAUUCAAUACAGCUACUUCUAACCCAAGCACUGCCUUCAACGCAGCAAGUGUGCCCCAAUCCACAUCCUCAUUUUCUUUCAAUCCUCCCUCAAAUUCUGCUGGUUCUGGUUUGUUAAUGACACCACAGAGUCAGGCUACUAACUCCGGCACUUCAACUCUUAGUGGCUUACUCAGUGGAAGUGGAACCUCUUCUGGUGCAAGUACUAUGGCUUCUUCUGGAGCAACCACCGUGCCCAAACAGCCUAGUUUAGGAGGUUUCAACUUUGGUGGGGGACUGUCAACUUCAUCCGCUAAUCCAUUGCUUAGUGGUACUUCUUCUACUGCUGCUUCAACACAGGCUACUACUAGUACAGGAACCUUCAGCUUCUCUGGAGGUUUGGGAGCCCCUGCUUCAUCAGCACCUUCUUCUGGACUACUUCUAGGAGCAGCCCUUACAUCGUCCGCAGCUACUGUCAGUAGCAGCUCUACUGCUUCUGCGCCUCUGAACUUGACCGGAUUUCUAGGGUCUGGCAGCUCAGCAGCCACCUCUGCUAGCACCACUGUCACUCCCUCACUCACUG